GUGCCUCCCACAUGUCGCCGAUUGAUUAGGAUACUUGAGAUGGAGGAGAAGCAGACGCAACUUUCCUCCCUCUCUUUACCAGGCGCUCAGGAGGAGCAGAGUGAAAGCAGAUCACACAGCUCAGGGAGGCAGAUGGAGCAACACACAGUCUUCACCGCUAACAGUUAUUGAGUAAUUUAUCAUUAGCCUAUUGAGCUGAAAAAAAAGCUUCUGAAACGUAUGCUGGUGCGCGUGAAGAAGAAUCCACCUGUUUGAGGUUUAAUCUUCACACAAACAGCUUCCAUCAUGAACCAGAAGGCAUCAAUCUUACAAAUAAUAUUUUGAAAUCAUUAUUUUCUUCAUUCCUUGUAAGCAAAAUAAGAGUGUGUGCUUAGACAUGGGUGACCCCAACAUUAGCCACAUGGACGUAAAUUUUACUGGGAGUCUCCCAGCUGCCAAACUGGAUCACUACAUGGACAUGUAUGAAAUGGACUAUGGCAUUCCUCCUGAGGAAAUCCCAGACACCACGCAGGGCCAGGCCUUCUUUGUGGCCACGAUCGUCAUCGGUGUGGUGCUCAUCUGCAUUGUGCUCGUCUGCGGACUGGGAAACUUCAUAUUCAUUGCCACGCUGACACGCUACAAAAAACUCAGAAACCUCACCAACCUACUCAUCGCCAACUUGGCCAUCUCGGACUUCAUCGUGGCGGUGGUGUGCUGCCCGUUCCUGGUGGACUACUACGUGGUGAAACAGCUUUCCUGGGAUCAUGGAUUGGUGCUGUGUGCGUCCGUCAACUACCUCCGUACUGUGUCCCUCUAUGUGUCCACAAAUGCAUUGCUUGCCAUUGCAGUUGACAGGUACAUGGCUAUAGUCCAUCCACUGAGGCCUCGUAUGAAGUACCAAACUGCCUACUACCUGAUUACAGUGGUCUGGAUUGUUCCCAUUCUGAUUUCCAUACCCUCUGCAUACUUUGCUUCUGAGACCAUGUACCCUCAUAGCGGCUCCUAUCCAACCACUCAUAAAGUCUUCUGUGCUCAGAUCUGGCCCGUGGACCAGCAGGCGUACUACCGCUCCUACUUCUUGUUUGUUUUUGCCUUGGAAUUCGUUGGCCCUGUGAUCGUCAUGGCAAUGUGCUACGCCCAAAUUUCCAGAGAGCUUUGGUUCAAGAGCGUCCCGGGUUUCCCGACUGAGCAGAUAAGAAAGAGGCUGCGUUGUCGCCGCAAGACGGUGAUGGUCUUGAUCAUGAUCUUGACGGCGUACAUUCUGUGCUGGGCGCCGUACUACGGCUUCACUAUCCUCCGAGAUUUCCACCCAACGCUUAUCUCUCGCCAGAAAAACUCAUUAGUGGCUUUCUAUAUCAUUGAGUGCAUUACCAUGAGCAACAGCAUGAUUAAUACCUUCUGUUUUGUUAGCGUCAAGAACAACACUGUGAAGUACUUAAAGAGGAUUGUGUUGCUGCAUUGGAGGUCAAAGUAUGCUCCCCGUAAGACUGUUGAUGAGAUGGAUAUGAGGACUUCAUCCAUGCCUGUGACAGAGGAGAUUGAAUGCAUUCACUUAAGGUGAAGAGAUAAAAAAAAUCUGAUGCAAUGACCUUUGAUUUGUUGCUAUGUAUUUUAUUCAUUGAUAUGAACAGGUCAUUUAAAUGUGAAAAAUGCCAUUACAAUGGAAGUGGCUUUUUACCCAGCACGGCCUUGGGUAGUUUUCGGAUGUAAUACAGGCCGGUCAAGGCUCAAUUCUAACAGUUAGGAAUCUGUUUAUUUAGGCUCUGGUAAUUCUGCAAACUGUCCUCUGUGUCCAUAUCUUGAAAUUCUGAUGUCGGUUUUUUACCUUUUAAGAAAGCCAUCUGAGCUUAAAAAGAGAAAAUUCCAAAUAAAUUUACAAUGCCUGACAUCUACAGUUCAGUCGUACAAAGUGGUGGAAAGUGCAUUUAUUCUCCAGGGGGUUGAGAUUUCUCGCAGAUGGACCAGGCUGUACUUUAGCCUAAUGCUAACAGAUAAUAGAAAUGACCUUUAGCCAGCAAACAGAAUUAGCAACGUGAUUGCGGUUAUUUUCACGUAAGAAGCUAUCUGUUUUACUUGACAAAUCUUAAUUUAAAACAUUUGUUUCUUAAAGUCGUGAGAUGCCGGGUUAGUUUCUUAGCCUUUCUGUACUGCUACAGUUUUGUCAUUGGUCAAAAUUCACGUGGAGUGGGCUAAGGGGAGUUCGCCUACAAUGGGGACAUGCCAUGACACGUGUCUCACACUGGAUGUGCAUGUGAUCAUGUUGACGCAGAUAGAUAAACGUCUUCAAUGUUUAUGUAGGCUAGUGUUGUUGUUUUUUUGUUUUUUUUACAUAAACAUUUUAUUUAUUAAAAUAGCUUAUAAAAUGAGUCUAGCAUUAUGAAGCACAAGUGUGCGCUAUCUGUGUAUUUCAUAAUGUGGCCAUGUAAAUCAAACAGUACAUACAAUAUUGCUUAGUGAGUUACUGUAACAGUGAUGUUGUGCAAACUGUGACUAUCCACUGUUAUUGUGACUUUAAUUUUGCAUUUUGAAGAUAUAAACUGCAUGUAAAAUGCAUGGAAGACUUGUAAAUAACAGCUUCUGUUGACCUUACUGAUUCAUAAUGCUGACUAGCAACAAUUCAUCUUUGAUGCUCUAUGUGGUUACUUUUAUUACAGUAAGGUCAAAAGCUCUUAACACUAAAGAGAUCAUCUGCUUUUCGUCUGCUUUUGUAUCUAUGUUUUUUUCUGUUUUUCCUUAAUGAAUUAUUGAGGAUAUUUCUGUAUAAAUGUCAUUUUGGGGUAUGUAAAGUAUUCAGGCGUUUAUAAGACACAUUCCCAUGUCUUUGGAACGUCCUAAUAAGAAAAUAUUUUCCCCUUGAUUAUUUGUAUAUUAAAAGAUAAGCAUGCUAUUUUGUUGAUAAAUGUUCUAUGUAUACUUGUGGUAUUAAAAAAUGUAAUGCUGAAAUAAAAAGCUUUUAUUUUCUAA